AUGUUCUGCCUUAGGUUCACGAUGUCUGACAGAAAGGCUGUGAUCAAGAAUGCGGACAUGUCCGAGGACAUGCAGCAGGAUGCUGUAGACUGUGCUACACAGGCAAUGGAGAAGUACAACAUAGAAAAGGACAUUGCAGCAUAUAUAAAGAAGGAAUUUGACAAGAAAUACAACCCAACUUGGCACUGCAUUGUUGGCAGAAACUUUGGCAGCUAUGUAACACACGAGACAAAGCACUUCAUCUAUUUUUACUUGGGUCAGGUUGCAAUUCUUCUCUUCAAGUCUGGAUAGGAAGUAGGAGCAAGUGAAAUUUGGACUGUAAUGCACUGAUGGCUGAAGCCACGACUCCCUUUAACAUGGCUAUGCCGCUGCAUGGACUGUAUACUAUAUUUAAUGUGUAUAUGUUGCAGUAAGAAUUUACUUCUGUUUAGUUGCCUGGGAAGAAGGCAGCGUUUUUUUUGUUAUUGCUUUUUUUGGUUGUAUUGCACUAGGAAACCUGUAAAUGCUUAAACAAUGGCCUUUACGUGGGAAGAAAUAAAACUAUUCCACAACAGCUCCCUCAGUGGUAACUCCUUCUUUGAGGCUGGGAAAACUUCUUUGGGCAGGCCAAAAGACCCUGACUUCCUUACUGAGUUUUAUUAGACUGUUAAUCUUGUAACGAGGAGCAAAGCCAGUGUGAGCCUCUGUCCCCACCCUGCAGACUGUAGAGAGCUGGCUCUCCCAGUAACCUCAGUGCAGGUACUUAGACCUUCCCUGAAAGCUGCUGGGGUGGCUCUUGAUUACAUGGCUUUCACACACAAGUUGAACUCCACCUUGGACUGUGAUAAACAGACUUGCAGCUGGCACCCUUGGUGUUCUCUUUCAGUGCCCAUCACUGUAUUUUUGGCUCUGCUGAAACAUUGACCUAGACUUG